GUCGGUAUUUUGCUUUUCAGUCACUCCUUUCUCCAAAUUAGCCAACUAACAAAAAAAAGUGGCCACCCCAUACAUACACACCACUAGUUCAUACCUCAUUGUAUACACAGCAAGAAAAAGGAUAAAUUUAAGGAGAAAACCUUGUGGAGCUCUCUACCAGGAUCGAAGCAGAAGAGUGAAAAUAAUGGCGGCGAGGAUAGUGGUGGGUUUGGCAUGUAUAAUGGUGAUCCUAAGGCUUAGUGAAGCGGCGGUGUACAAAGUCGGCGACUCAGCAGGCUGGACAACCAUAGCCAACGUGGAUUAUAAGCUAUGGGCCUCAACCAAAACUUUCCACAUUGGUGAUACCGUCUUGUUCGAAUACAACCCACAAUUCCACAACGUUAUGAGAGUGACACACACAAUGUACAGAAGCUGCAACAACUCAAACCCAAUCUCCACCUUCACCACUGGCAAUGACUCAGUCACACUCACCAAUCACGGCCACCAUUUCUUCUUCUGUGGCGUUCCUGGCCAUUGUCAGGCCGGUCAGAAGCUCGACCUCAACGUCAUUAACCCCACCUCCUCCAGGCCACUCUCUGAUCCACCAAUCUCCUCGGAUUCGUCCUCCCCCUCUUCUCCUCCGUCCACUACUACGAUUCCUGCCGCCGGAGUCCCCGGUCCAUCUCCUAGCCACGCUGCUUCUCUCCCGAAUUCGGCCGUAGCUGUGGUGGCUGCCCUUGUCUCUUGUCUCUUUGCAAAUUUUUCUUAUUGAUUAGGAUUACAUAUACGUUGCGAUUGUUGCAUAUAAGUUUUUGUUAUAUGUCCAAAAAUGUUUUUGUUAUGAUUUUUCCUUUCUACCGUAUUGUUCUUUUUAUCUAAUUGAUUCAAAAUGUUUAGACCGUCAAUAAUAAAAAGAAACG